AUGGAGCCCGACUCUUCGCAAACCACAAAUCAGAUGCAAACUGAUUCUCUGUCUCCGUCUCCUAAUACUGUGUCACCAGUGCCUAUAAAUAACCCCACAAGUGCCCCAAGAUUUGGAACAGUCAUUCCCAAUCGCAUCUUCGUUGGAGGAAUUGAUUUUAAGACUAACGAGAAUGACCUAAGGAAGUUUUUUUCCCAGUAUGGCUGCGUAAAAGAAGUAAAAAUAGUAAAUGACAGAGCUGGAGUAUCAAAGGGGUAUGGUUUCAUCACAUUUGAAACUCAGGAAGAUGCACAAAAAAUUUUACAAGAGGCUGAAAAACUAAAUUAUAAGGAUAAGAAAUUGAAUAUUGGUCCAGCAAUAAGAAAACAACAAGUAGGGAUUCCUCGAUCCAGUAUAAUGCCCGCAGCUGGAACAAUGUACUUGACUACUUCAACUGGAUAUCCAUACACAUAUCAUAAUGGAGUAGCUUAUUUUCAUACUCCUGAAGUGGCUUCUGUUUCACAACCAUGGCCUUCACGUUCUAUUUCUAGUUCUCCUGUGAUGGUAGCUCAGCCUGUUUAUCAACAACCUACAUAUCAUUAUCAGGCUCCUGCACAGUGUCUUCCAGGACAAUGGCAGUGGAGUAUUCCACAGUCUUCUGCCUCUCCCACCUCAUUCUUUUAUCUGCAUCCUUCUGAAAUUACUUAUCAACCACUGGAAAUUGCACAGGAUGGUGGAUGUGUUCCUCCUCCUCUUUCCCUAAUGGAAGCUGCAGUUCCAGAGCCAUAUUCCGAUCAUGGAGUUCAACCAGCAUAUCAUCAAGUUUAUGCUCAAAGUGCCAUAGCCAUGCCAGCCCCUAUGAUGCAGCCAGAAUUGAUUAAAGAAGCCAGGAUACACUCUGUGAGAAGAAAUUUUUCACAUCCGUCAUCUAUGACUUUGAAGCCUCGAUAUGCCCGAAGUCCUCAUUUUCAUCCUAGAAAAGAAUACAGAUCAGAUGAGACAAUGCUUACUACACCUUCCUCUACAGACUCUGUUAAAUAG